GCUACCAACAGACCAGGAGGUCGUCUGGCAUAAUUUCACUCCCUCACUGACAUGGAUAUUCACAAAGAUUAUUAUUCAGUGUUUUGGGAUAUUAUUGACCCUGCUGUGCUGAGACCAGGCCGUCUGGACAAGACCCUGUAUGUGAGCCUCCCACCUCCGUCAGACCGACACGCCAUCUUACUCAUCAUCACCAGGGUAACGUGGAAUGCCAUGGAUGGAAGCUCACGAUGUCAUAGCUACUCCAACGGCCCUGUGGCCGACAUCAGGGUCAGCAAGCAGAACUUUGAGGACGCCUUCAAGAAAGUACGGCCGUCUGUGUCUAAAAAGCGGCAUACUCCGAAACACGACCCAACCGAGACGAAACCCAAAAUUACACUCUCCAUCCUUACCUUGGAAGGUCACUGUCUCUGCACUGAUCGCCUGACCAGCAUAUGUAUGAGCAGCUAAAGGAAUCUCUUAUGAUGAUUUGAACAGAGUCAUUCAGAAUGGAGGAUAUCAGUGCCAAGGACCAACUGUUUCGACACCUUGACAUUUUGACUAUAUUAACUUUUUGGAGGAUUGCUGUUUUCUAAUCCAAACCAUGUUUUAUAACACAUUUUAUGAAAGAGUAAACCUUACGAAUUAUGUAAAAAAAUAUAUAUAUAUAUAUAUAUAUAUAUAUAUAUAUGGAUUACUGUAUGUAAUGACAAGUUCAAACAGGUGCCAUUAAUACAGGUGAGCCUGUCCACUCGUUACAGGUCUGUGAGAGCCAGAAAUCUUGAUUGUUUGUAGGUGACCAAAUACUUAUUUUCCACCACAAUUUGUAAAUAAAUUCAUAAAAAAUC